AUGGAUGCGAAAAGUCAACUCGAAUUACCAACUCCCCCAACCUUUUCUCAAAUGAUGGAAGAUUUGGACAUCAUGACAUCGGAUGACAAAAUUUUUAAAUUAUUUCAACUUGAACAGUUAAUUGAUCAAUGCGAAGAUCAAUCUUCAUCAUCAUCAAACCGAACUCCAGUCGAACAAACUUAUUGGUUGAUAAAUAAAUUUCUUAGUCGAUUGAAAACUUUGCAAGAUCUUGAUACAACCAUAACAACACAGAAUGAUGCGAUAAUCGAACAAACGCCGAGUGAGAAAACAAUGCGAACUGUCGCUAUUAUCGGUGGCGGUGUAAGCGGUUUAAUAUGUAUUAAAUGUUGCUUGGAAGCGGGCCUUGUCCCAACAUGUUAUGAAAUGACGAAUGAUAUCGGCGGACUUUGGAACUAUGACGCCAAUGCAGUUGACGGCAAAGCGAGCGUGAUGAAAUCGACUGUGAUCAACACUUCGAAAGAAUUCAUGGCUUUCAGCGAUUAUCCUGCACCGAUUGAAUAUCCGAAUUACAUGCAUAAUACAAAAUUGUUAGAAUAUUUUCGCAUGUAUGCAAAACAAUUUCAGUUGACAAACCAUAUCCGGUUUCGAACAUUUAUCACGCGUGUUCAACCUGCAGAUGAUUAUGAACAAACAGGCGCUUGGUUAGUGUAUAGUGUUAAUGCAGAAGAAGCAGAUAGAAGAACGACGGAGAAUGAAAAAUGCGAAAAAUACGAUGCGGUCAUGUUAGCCACGGGACAUCAUGCACAUCCACGAUGGGUCGAUUUCCCUGGUUUAGAGAAUUUUAAAGGUACAAAAUUGCAUAGUUGGCAAUAUAAAACUCCACAUGGUUUUGAAGAUAAAGUAGUAGUGAUAAUUGGCAUUGGUAAUUCGGGAGGAGACAUGGUUGUUGAGCUAGGUCGAUUUGCUAAACAAGUCUAUCUAAGCACUCGCCGUGGCUCAUGGGUAUUGAAUCGUGUUGGACCAAAUGGUUGGCCAGCUGAUUUAUAUAGUACGAGUACAGUAGCUUGUACAGUUCAAAGAUAUUUUCCAUGGCUAGUUAAUAAAUUGCUUGAACGGGAUAUGAGUAAACGAUUUGACCAUGAAUUGUAUAAAAUGAAACCAAAACAUCGUCCUUUGCAACAACAUCCAUGCAUGAACGACGACUUACCGAAUAGGAUUUUAUGUGGAUCCGUUAUCGUAAAACCAGAUAUUAAAGAGUUUACCGCUGAUGGACAUGGAAUUGUAUUUACAGACGGUUCCAAACUUGAUCAUGUCGAUUGUGUGCUAAUGGCAACAGGUUUCAGCAUUGCAUUUCCAUAUUUGGAUGAAAAAAUCAUUUCCGUUCAAGAAAAUCACGUUCGACUCUAUGAAUAUGUUUGGCCAUCUCAUAUGAAACAUUCAACACUUGCCGUCAUGGGUCUUGUACAACCAUGGGGUGCGAUUAAUCCAAUCACAGAACUUCAGGCACGCUGGGCUGCCAAAGUAUUCAAAGGUGAAUUGAAAUUACCAUCACGUUCGAAAAUGGAUGAAGAUAUCGAUGAUAAAGCGACAAAAAUGAGAGAACGAUAUGUUGCUUCACCACGACAUACUGUCCAGGUUGAUUAUAUGGAACAUUGCGAUGAACUUGCUGAUCAUCUCGGCUGCCGACCAAAUAUACUAAAUUUUCUUAAAACUGACUUUAAACUCGGCUGGAAAUUAUUAUUUGGACCGUACACACCCUAUCGUUACCGUUUAGAAGGUUCUCGUAAAUGGGCUGGAGCUCGUGAAGCAAUUCUAACACAAGAUGAAAGAGUAAGGUAUCCUCUCUGUGCUGCACAAGACAAUAAACAAGGCAUUGAAUGGACAUCGAUGUUUUCAAUUAUUGCUGUAGUAGUACUUCUGUUUAUUGUCGUUCGGUGUUUUGUAUAA